UGGAUUCCCAAUUCCAAAGAUAAGAAGUCAGUUUAAGAAGUCUAGAAAGAAGACAGAAGAACCGGUAGCGGGUACCUCAGCUAUCGCGAACGCAGCUUCUGCAGUACAUGACCAAUCAAUUGACGCUGAGAAUAGAAAUCUUAUAGCGAAAAUGUCUAAAGAAGAGAUCCUCCAGGAGCAGGAAGAUAUUGAGGAGAAGUUAGGCGCCAAAAUGGUUGAGUUUUUGCGCAAACGAGCAGCGAAGAAAGAAACUAUAGAUGAGCAGCCUAUCGGUGAUGUUUAUGAGCAACAGACGUUAGAAAGAAAGCAAGAAGAUGCUGGAAAGGAAGAAUUUAGAGAGGGAGCAGCAAAGGUACAGCGCAAAUCAGUCCGAAUUCAGGAAAAGCAACCCGCAGACGACCAUCAGCCGGACUCUACACAACUUAUCAUACGUGAAAAAUACUUCCCUGAUGCCAAAUACAACGAAGAUCAGCAUUCAUGGUUGACAUCACUGCCACCACCUUCAGAAGAGAGCAAGGGAGACACCCUCAGAUUUGAUUUCCACGGCAACCUUAUGACUGGCAAGAAAGAGGCUUAUCUUGAAGGUAUGCAUCACCACGGGCUCGAUCAAGGAUCUCCAGGCUACACUGUCGAUGAGUUCUUAAUGUUGAGUGGAAGUACCAACAUAUCACAGCGCAUUUUAUCUCUCAGAUCUCUCUCACAUAUUUUGCUGAAGUGGUACAAACGUGAAUAUACCGAUGAGACUGUCCAAAAGCUAGACUAUGUCCAAUUAGGUAAAGCAAUCCUCUCAUUUAGAUUUGCAAUGAGCGAGAGCAACAAAAGUGUCGUUGUUGCAGGUCUUUCUGGAAUAGCCAGUAUCGUAUUGGAGGAGUUGCAUCUCGAUAAACACCUCAACAAUGGUCUCACUCACGCCGAAAGUGCCUCAUCGACAUUAAAAGUGUACUCUGGUCAACUCAACCUUCAACCUUCAGAGAUGAAGGAACUUCUUUCUACUCCACUCGCUUUUCUUACUUUUAGAACAGACCUCGCGGACACUCUCAAUGAUUUACUCAAAGGUACUGCUGUGAUAGCUGGUGAUAACAAUGAAAUAAAGAAAGUAGCCAAUAUUAUCUUCGCCUUGUCAAAGCAUUCCAUCAAGACGGCUAGCGAGUGUGUCAAUACGCCACUAUUCAUUGAAAGGAUUGUUAAGACGUUUAUUGAGAAAGACUGGCCAAGUGACGAAAAACCUGAUUCGCUGGCUAUUAGUGCAUUAAGUGCCAUUGCAGCAGCUUCCAGAAGUAACGCUUCGGCCAUUAGGAGUGGAAAAGCCGUCGAUGUUGCUAGUCGUUAUUUGAUUAUACCGCCAUUCAAGACCAGUCGCAAAGAUGCCUGGUUUUUGGCUAUUGAGUCACUCGUACUCAUGCGCACAAUGGCCAAUUAUGGGAUAGUACAAGGUGUCAGUGCUGUGGAGUUAAUCAGUGGUGAUUGCAUACGGUGGUUGAGUAACCAGAAGGAAGAAUUACCAUCACAUUCUUCAGCUUUUAUAAAAGCUCUGUUUGAAACGCUAGAAAUGUGGACUAUUUGUGCUAUAGAUCCGCAUCACACUUCACCGCAUCAUAUUAUCGUCUGGACCCAAGUAGAAAGCUUCAUUGAUAUGGCUUUAGCCGCGUUGCAAGGUGUUAGGGACGAGCUCACACUUGCUAGUGUCUGGUCUUAUCUCAGCAUAUGGCUUCGAGGAAACAAGGGUGUUGCGGACAAAGCAAAAUGGUUGGAAGAGUACAUCAAUAUUGAAGAUACCAAAAAGACAUUUGAUCAUCACAGUCAAACUGCGAUUAAUCUACUUGCUCAAGACGAUUACGAAAACGCUGCUAGUUCAUUGUGCAUCGUCAAUGCCACUACUCGAUUGCUCUCUCAUAGUGGUCCAUACAACCUUCCGAAGGAAUUGAUAGACGUCCUCCUAAAUACCGUUACUGAGACUAACACUGCCACAUACAACAAACUCAGACCUGGCUUGGAUGCUCUUUGUAGGAGUAUACUUCAAUCGAACUUGGAUAAUACAGAGAAUAUACAUACGGCUUUGCAGCUUCUCACAGUUCUCCGAGAAGGUGAUGAAAGUAUUGUUGUUGCUGUUCUUUCUCAUCUGCUUCAAAACGCAAGUCCUCAAGUUAUUUCGACCGUAACUGGAUUCCCAGAACGUGAAGCGAAAGCAUCUAAAGAAACCACAGUCCCAUUACUAAUUGAAACCGCUAAGUUGAUGUUAGUUGAUGGUAUAUAUUCAGGUAUUUCGAUUCAUAGUAACCAUCUUUCUCAAAUUUCUACACUUACCAUUCCAUUUGACGCAAAUACACUUCUAUAUGAGAAUUGGGCUCUUAAAAUUACACUAGAUGAAUUGUCUCAAUCAGCUAAUAGUGAAGCAUUGAAAAAUCUCCCGGCUCAUUGGAACUACAGUGAAGUGGAUCUGGUCAUGGGUGGUCUCACACUACAAGAAACGAUUAACAAAAUUAUGGGCACAUCCUGUAGUAAACAAUUACUACAACUCAUGCGUAUUUUCUUACUUGAGUUGGGUGUUGAAGGUGGUGAGGUAUUCAGGAAUGAACGUGUGCAGAUCGCUCUUGAAAGAACUUUACAUAAGGUUUUGACCGGAUUGGAAAACGAUAAGUAUACACUGGAAGAUGCACAGGAGGAAGCUAGGGCUGACAUACCUUUCUAUCAAAUAUACACUGACUACGUUGGUCUCUUUGAAUCAAUUUCAUUAGGUGAUCGCAAUACAGCCAUUAUGCUGUUCCCUCCAUUAUUGCUAGCUCAGGAAUAUAGGAGGCUUUUGUGGGUUGAUCACGCUACAUGUGUCAAAAGUAUCAAAUUGACGUGGACGGACUUCCCAAAGUGGUUCGUAAACAAACUCCUUUUCCCGCUCGAACAUAAUGUGGAUGUAAUAAGGGCAUACGCUAGAGCCAUCUCAACAAAGUCUCUUGUUUUAAACAUUCAACCUCUUGCAUACUGGAUCGCACUUCAUCAUUCAUCACUAUGUUUAUGGCAUACUCAAGAUGAAGCACUCCGGAGAGAUCUUAUUGUGGCACUACUGUCAACGCAUCCUGAAACCGCAAAAAUGGUGAUACAGUAUGAUAAUGACGAGCACAAUCUCAAGUUACCUGGUCAAGCUAAAGCUAGUCCUGAAAUAAUACAGAGGAGAUUGGAUUGUCUGAAAGAUAAUGAUGAAACUUUGUUAAGUGCGAAAUUAGGAUCUAUUUUAUCAAUACAAUGAAUUUAUAUGCAUAUUAUUU